AUGCCUCGGUCCUCCAGCAUGAACAGUGAUGGCCACGAACGGCUGGAGCCGAGGCUGUUGCGAGCCGCCGAGAACGACGACGCCGAGUCGCUGCGCAAGGUGAUCGCACUGGCGCGCGAGUACGGUCAAUUCAACGACAAUUUCCUGCGCGUGGGGCUGAUGCGCAGCGCCGAACGAGGCUGCGUCUCAGCAACCGAAUUCCUACUCACACAAGGCGCAAAGACGGACGUGGCUAGCAAUCGGCUCUCGCCGCUUCUGCGGGCCGUCGAGCGCGACCACUACCAAAUUGUUCGGCUGCUGCUGGAUCAUGGGGCCUCGUCCGAUAGUACGGACAAGGAUGGUCGUACGGCGCUUAUGACGGCGGCCUGGAAGAACCAUGCGGAUAUCUUGCAGUUGCUGAUUAUGCGCGGAGCGAAUGUGAAUGCGAGGGAUCAUCGCAGGCGUAAUGCGCUGCAUAAUCUUGCGGCCGAUAAGGAAUGUCGUUGGGGCUGGGGUGAUGAAAUUGCUGAGUUGUUACUACGCACGGAUUGUCAGAUUGAUGGUGUUGAUGGACAAGAUGAGCUGGGGAGGACUCCGUUGCAUUGGGCUUGUGCAACGGGUAACUGGCGGCUGGCGCAGUUGCUUUUGACUAGGCCGGAUGGUCCUAAGGCUGAGAUUGAUGCGACGGAGUCACGAGGGAAGACGGCGCUACAUAUUGCUACUGCGCAUGACCGUGCGGACAUCGUGCAGCUUUUGUUGCUGCAUGAGGCUGCUGUUAAUGCUUGCAGCGAUGGUGGAUGGACGCCUCUCCACAAUGCUUGCGAGAGAGGAUGCGAGGCGAUUGUUUCUAUCCUUCUGCGCGCAGGCUCUCAUAUCAACAGCCAGCUGUUAAAUGGUGUCACACCUCUGCAUCUUGCGGCGCAAGGUGGACAUCGAGAAGUGGUGGAGUGUCUUCUGGAGAGACCGGACCUGAAACGUCGGGUUCGAGACAACUUUGGCAGUACUCCAUUCUUACGUGCAGCACAGUUCAAGCGUAAGGAUAUCGUGCUGCUCCUCGCCCCAUUCAACAACGUCGACUCCCUUUCCGACGACGUGAAAGAUGCCAGUGCGGCCUUUGAUGCGACCGUCGUCGAUUUUGGCAACUUCCAUAAUGAGAACCGCGUGAAGAAAAUGUCCGUCUAUAAUUUGCUAUACGGCCGAGAUGCUGAGAAUCCUCGGAAGCAGGCCGUGACCACUGUACCUGCUGAUAGCCGUGGAACGGACUUUCGCUGGAUUCAUUUACCAGCAAAUAACAUGGCUUGGGUGGAAGCACUUAUGACCAAGUCGUUUAUUGAAGAGGGUGCUCAUGAUGUGGAUGGUUUCAAGGGCCUCGAGAAAUCAUUCAACUAUCAACACCGAGGACAGAAGAUUCAUUCGCACUUCAUGCGGCCUUUAUGUCAGAACACACCCCGGACCCUCAUGCGGCGGAGAGAGGAGGAGAAACCAGAGGAGCAGCCACAAUAUGCCCCCUCAUUGAGCACGGCGGAUACCACGGCCACUCGCAAACAAAAAGGAUCGGGCAGUAAGCUUGACCAUGUCGAAUCACAUUCCCACGAUGAGAGCGUUACAGGCGGGAAAAAGGGCAAAAACAACCAGAAGCGUGGCAAAGGGGGCAGCAAUCCGGGAACCCCCAAGUGUGAGACCAAGAGCAAGUCUCCGUGGGGUUCGAGUGACAAGCUGGCUCGGUCAUACCAAUUGAGCCCAUCGAGUCUUUGUAAAGACCCUCAAAGUCUUGUGCCUACGUGUAAUGUAUGCGUGUUCAUGCCGUAUUUGCAUUUUGAGACUGCAGAACGGCGACAGAGGAUGCAAGACGCCAUUCAGCGUGCCGAGACGAUGAGUUUCCAGCCACGGAAGCUCAAAAAAGCUCGCACUCGGGAUGAAAUGCUGCUCGAUGCUCAUCUGUCUUCAUCGACCACCUCCCUCCAUGUCCGCCGAACACUGGACCAGUUUUUCUACCCAAACAUCGAUACCCAAAGCCGCGAUCAAGACCAGGUGGUUUACCGGUACCAGACCAAAGGCCCCGGUCGUGAUAGACCUGGGACGGAUCCAAAAAUCUUCAUGGUCGAUCAGCUAUGGAUGUGGGUUCUCGGCACAAACCUCAUCGUCACCAGUUUCCCUCAGCGGUGGGAUCAACCGAAGAAUGAUCCCUUGAACGUGUUGGAUGGGAUCAUCGAAGACAUCAAUUCCAAGACCCGCGACCCCGUCAGAUCGGUGUAUGACCCUGCUAUUAUCAUCACUAAUCGAUGCUCGGGAGUAUUUGAUCGACACCGCCUCGGAGACGAUGAGUAUCAGUUUUUGGACAUGUUCGAGUCCUCCAUUGGUAUAGCAACGGAUAGAGAGACAUUGCUCUUCAACCGCUUCAACCACGCGUCUGUGCAAGCGUCGGCCUGGCUCAAGAGCCACCGCAAAUUGAACAAAUUCUCUCGCGGCCCGGCUCGCCCGGUCCAUGGCCGCGACGGAGCUGCAGAGGAAGACAACUCAGGCGAUGACGACGCAUUCUACCUUGACGAUGGCCAGCCACUCUUCGUCGACCGACUCCUCGACAUCGGCGAAGAAACAGAUCUUCUUGCAGAGGCCAAGGAUAUCAGAGAUGAGCUGAACAUGAUUCGCACGGUACUAGAACACCAGAAACACGUUCUUCAAGAUUUCCAAGAGGUGAUUUGUGAGAUGUACCAAGGACAACACCGCUCCCAGCAAGAAGUCAAGAAAAGGUUCAAGGACCAGCAACGCAUGAUCGACAUGCACAUGAAGGAUAUCGAGCGCAUGGACAAGCAAGCCGAGCGCAUCUACCACUCCAUCACAGACCUGCUCGACCUCAAACAGAAACAUGCCAAUGCCUUCGAAGCCCGCUUCGCACGCGACCAAGCAGCAGGAACCACCCGCCAGAGCAAAACAAUUAUGGUCUUCACCAUCGUCACGAUCGUGUUCCUACCACUAUCCUUCAUCACGUCCAUUUUCACCAUCAACAUGAAAGAAUUCGACAACCUGAGCCUCCAAUACGUCGCCAAAUACACCUUCGGUGUCGGAUUCGCCAUCUCCAUCCCACUUGUGAUCGUGGCCCUUUCCGUGGACGACAUCGGCGACUUAUUCCGAAUGGGCCGCCGUUGGCUCUCCCGGAAAGAUGAGCCGGCACCGAUACCAGACCAAGGAGAUCAACUUCAAGCACUGGAAUUUGAGAAAAUUAUCAGCCUGGCGCGAACAAGUCAGAGCGGUGAAUUGGAUUAUGGGCCCACCUUGUUGCCUGUCUCGACACGCGGCACUGGAGUGUCGAGGAGAUUGGAUCCAUACACCAAUAGUCUGGGGAAAGGAAAUACGCGGAAAAGCCAUGAGUUGCGUCGUAGUGUGGAAUAUAGGCCCUAUUCAUGA